AUGGAAGAUUUUGUAUUCUUAUCAGUAAAUACGCUUGUAAUAUACUGCAUAAUGCCGUCGCUCAUGACUUGUGCAACAUUUAAUAUAAGUUGGAUUUCAUCAAAUCCUAUAUUUCAUAAAAAAGAUAUUCCGACAAUUGUUGUUCAUAUAAAUGAUCGCUUGCGUUUUGCCUGUUCAACUGAUGGUUCGGAAUCAAGUAUAAUUUAUCGAGUUGGUGAAAAAUCUGCUCUAUCCUGUCAGUUGCCUACAUCGUUAUCAAUAUCGUCGUCAAUAAUUGGCGCAUGCAUUAAAGCUAAUGAUUCUAUUUUAAUCCGAUUACGACAAAUUCCACUGCUACCGAAUGCUUUAUCCUACCAACCAAAAGAACACUAUUUUUUUAUGAGCGUGUCUACAGGUAGCAUGGAUGGUUUGAAAAAUAUAGCUGGCGGGCUAUGUCUUAUGCAUAAUAUGCGAAUGAGAAUUAUCGUGAAACCUUCCGAGUACAAAGUUUCUGAGCAAAGAAAACCUAUAUGCAUUGAGGAAAAUGAAAAUAUGAAGUGGCACUUUGCAGCGAUAGACAUUAUGAGGAAUUAUGAAAAAGAUUCAGCUUUAAUGGUACCAUCUUAUUUCUCGUUAUUUCGCUUGCCAUUCGUUUACAUCCCAAUAAAAGGUGCCUUAAUAGAACGACGCAUAUCGCAGAUUGGCAGAAAUGAUAAUCCCAAAUAUUUUGCAAAUGAACUCAUAUCUCAUAGUACCAAAACAUCAGGAAGCUUGGUUAACAAUAAUGAAUCUAUCACUUCCAGUGUUUUAAAACCGCUCAGUGUGAAAUUAAACGAUAGAACAGUUCCUUUUCCUGGGCCUAAAACUUUAAAAAUUGCAGAUUUCGAAAAAGAUUUUGAAAUUGAAUACCUCGAUAUAUCAAAUGAUUUCUAA